CAGUACCUCAGUUUUCCUGCGCGUCGUUUACAGAUAUCGCGAGAGCGGCAGUUGGGGUUAGCAGCAGGCUGAGGGAGAGACGGGAGAGAAGGUAAGCGGAGGAGGCUGCAUCAUGGCGGACAGAGACAGCGGUAGCGAGCACGGAGGUUUCGCCACAGGCCCCGGCGGUGGCCCGAUGCACCAGGGGGCGAUGGGCGCCUCAUCGCGGCUCCAGCAUGACACGGAGGAGCUGGCGUCAAAGCGCGUUGACAUCCAGAACAAACGCUUCUACCUGGACGUGAAACAGAACGCCAAAGGCCGCUUUCUGAAGAUCGCCGAGGUCGGGGCUGCGGGAAACAAGAGUCGCCUGACCCUGUCCAUGUCAGUAGCCGUGGAGUUCCGAGAUUACUUGGGCGACUUCAUCGAGCACUACGCACAGCUGGGCCCCAGCCACCCGGACACGGUGCAGGACGAGCCGCGGCGAGCGCUCAAGAGCGAGUUUCUGGUGCGGGAAAAUCGAAAGUACUACAUGGAUCUGAAGGAGAACCAGAGGGGGCGGUUUCUGAGGAUCCGACAGACCGUGAAUCGGGGCCCCGGCUUGGGCACGGCGCAAGGCCAGACCAUCGCUCUCCCGGCGCAGGGGCUGAUCGAGUUCCGCGACGCUUUGGCCAAGCUCAUUGAUGACUACGGCGUGGACGAGGAGCCGGCGGAGCUGCCCGAGGGCACGUCGCUCACCGUGGACAACAAGCGCUUCUUCUUUGACGUGGGCUCAAACAAGUAUGGCGUGUUUAUGCGGGUCAGCGAAGUAAAGCCGACAUACCGCAAUUCCAUCACGGUGCCGUGCAAAGUGUGGUCCAAGUUCGGUGCCACGUUCUGCAAGUACGCGGAUGAAAUGAAGAAGAUCCAGGAGAGGAGCAGGGAGAGGAGGGCGCGCGAGCUCUUACCGGAGGGCCUGCACGGUGAUGACGGGGACGAGGAUUAAUGGACGUGACGCUUUAACGGCGAGUAAGGAAUACAGUGAUGAGACGACGGAAUGACCAUGUAGAGAAAAAAAAAAGUUACUGUAAAAGAGAAGGCACAAUGGGAGAUUUCGAGUGGAUCGUCAUUCACACAACACUCAUAGAUUUACAGUUGCAUCACUUCGUUCAUCGACCGGUUAUUAUCCAAUUACUCAACCAUAUAACAGUAAGCCGCUGCUAUCAAUAACACGAUCCACGAACAGUGUCCCAGACGGUCAGAAUGUCAUAGGUCGGAGUGUGUCUAUUUGCCCAUGCGUUUUUGUACACGUCUAAACUAUUAUACGAUACUGUUCCAAAGUGCAAAUUGAAAAGAAAAAAGAAAAAAAAAGGAAAA